UACUUUCUGAAGUGCAUGAAACAGGAGCAGCUUGCUGACUUACUGUACAGCAAAAUAUUUGCUCCGCUCUGUAUAAACAAACUAAAAUCCAACCUAAAGAAGAAGUUCGAGAGUGUGUUUGAGGGGAUCGCUAAAGCAGGAAGUCCAACCCUUCUGAACCAGAUCUACACAGAGCUCUACAUCACAGAGGGAGGAACUGGGGAGGUCAAUGAUGAACAUGAGAUCAGACAGAUUGAAACAGCAUCCAGGAAAGCAAACAGAGGAGAAACAACAAUCAAAGAGGCAGACAUCUUUAAAGUCCCACCUGGAAGAGAUCAACCAAUCAGAACAGUGAUGACAAAGGGAGUGGCUGGCAUUGGGAAAACAGUCUUAACCCAGAAGUUCACUCUGGACUGGGCUGAAGGCAAAUCCAAUCAGAACAUCCAGUUCAUAUUUCCAUUCACCUUCAGAGAGCUGAAUGUGCUCAAAGCGAAAAAGUUCAGCUUGGUGGAACUUGUUCAUCACUUCUUCAUUGAAGCCAAAAGAAUCUGCAGCUUUAAUCACUUCCAGGUUCUGUUCAUCUUUGAUGGUCUGGAUGAGAGUCGACUUCCUCUGGACUUCCACAACAAGGAGAUCCUGACUGAUGUUACAGAGUCCACCUCAGUGGAUGUUCUGCUGACGAACCUCAUCAGGGGGAACCUGCUUCCCUCUGCUCUCCUCUGGAUAACCACACGACCCGCAGCAGCCAAUCAGAUCCCUCCUGAAUGUGUCGGCAUGGUGACAGAGGUCCGAGGGUUCACCGACCCACAGAAGGAGCAGUACUUCAAGAAGAGAUUCAGAGAAAAGAAAGAGAGCAAAAGGAUAAUUUCCCACAUAAAGACAUCCAGAAGCAUUCACAUCAUGUGCCACAUCCCGGUCUUCUGCUGGAUCACUGCUAAGGUUCUGGAGGAUGUUCUGAAGGCCAAAGAGAAAGCUGAGCUGCCAAACACCCUGACUGAGAUGUACAUCCACUUCUUGGUGGUUCAGACGAAAAUAAAGAAAGUCAAAUACGAUCGAUGGUCUGAGACAGAUCCACACUGGAGUCCAGAGAGCCAGGAGAUGAUUAAGUCUUUAGGAAAACUGGCCUUUGAUCAGCUGCUGAAAGGAAACCUGAUCUUCUAUGAAUCCGACCUGAUAGAAUGUGGCAUCGACAUCAGAGCAGCCUCAGUUUACUCAGGAGUUUUAACACAGAUCUUUAAAGAGGAGACAGGUCUGUAUGAGGAGAGCGUUUUCUGUUUCAUCCAUCUGAGUGUCCAAGAGUUUCUUGCUGCUUUGCAUAUCCGCCUGCAGAUCUCCAAGAAGGACGCUGACUUACCAAAAGAACAAAAGACUACCUUUAAUAUCUCCAAAACAAGAAAAGGUGUUACUCCACUGGGGAACUUCUACCAGACUGCUGUUGACGAGGCUCUGCAGAGUAAAAAUGGACAUCUGGAUUUGUUUCUUCGCUUCCUCUUAGGGCUCUCCCUGGAAAGCAAUCAGAAGUUGCUAAAAGGUAUUUUGUCAUGGAUAGGAAGCAAUUCUGAGCCCAACCAGGAAACGAUUGCCUACAUCAAGAAGAAGAUUGAAACCUGCCCAUCUACAGAGAAGUGCAUUAAUCUCUUCCAUUGUCUGAACGAACUGAAGGAUGAUUCUCUAGUGAAGGAAAUACAAACGUUCCUGAAAUCAGGAAAUCUGUCUCAACAAGAGCUUACCCCCGCCCAGUGGUCAGCUCUUGUCUUCAUCUUGCUGUCGUCAGAAAAAGAUCUGGACGUCUUUGACCUAAAGAAGUACUCUGCCUCAGAGAAUUAUCUUUUGAACCUACUCCCAGUCCUCAAGGCAUCUAAUAAAGCUCUCUUGGAUGGUUGUCACCUCUCAGAGAAAAGCUGUGAAGCUCUUGCCUCAGUCCUCAGCUCGAAGUUCUGCUAUCUGAAAGAGUUGGAUUUAAGUAACAACGACCUUAAGGAUUCAGGAGUGAAGCAGCUGUGCACUGGACUGCAGAGUCCACAUUGUAAACUAGAAACUCUCAGGAUGUCAGGUUGCCUAAUCACAGAGGAAGGCAUUGUUUCAAUUGCCUCAGCACUUACCUCCAACCCUUAUCAUCUAAAAGAGUUGGACCUGAGCUUCAAUCAUCCAGGAGAAGCAGGGAUGAAGCUCCUUUCACAUUUGAGACUGGAGACACUCAGAACGGACUGUGGUGGAAAAUGGACGCUACAGGCAGGACUGAGAAAGUAUACUCGUGGACUGACUCUGGAUUCAGAAACGGCACACAGAAACCUCAAACUAUCUGAUAACAACAGAAAGGUGACAGCGAUGACCGAGAUCCAAGCGUAUACUGAGAACCCGGAGAGGUUUGACCACUGGCUCCAGCUGCUGUGUGCAGAAGCUCUGACCGGUCGCCAUUAUUGGGAGGUUAAAUGGGAGGGGAUGGUGAGCAUCGGAGUGACUUACAGAGGGAUUGAAAGGAAAGGGAACAGUGUCAGUUGUUUGCUUGGUGGGAAUGAUAAGUCCUGGACUCUUUACUGUUCAAAGAACGGUUACUUUGGGUUUCAUGGUGACAAAAGGAAAGAUGUCCCACAAUCCUCCUGUGUCUCCGACAGAGUGGGCGUCUAUCUGGACCAUCCGUCUGGGACGCUCUCCUUCUACAUAGUGUCCUCUGACAAACUCAUCCACCUUCGAACCUUCGGCGCCACAUUUACUGAACCUCUUUAUCCUGCUUUUCGAGCUUUUCCUGGUUCUUCAGUCUCUCUGGAGGAUUAA